AUGGCGCUAGUAGCGAUCCGGCCAUGUCAAACUUUGUUGUGAUUUAUCAGGAACAGGUUGUGUUGUUUUUUUGGUUAUAGAAGCGUCCAACAUCUUGUUUAUCAAAAUGUACUCAUCAUGGAAGCUAAGAGAACUCAAAGAAGAACUCAAUAAACGCGGGGCAAAAGUAACUGGAAAGAAAGCUGAUCUCGUAAAAAGGUUAGAAUUCUAUGACCAGAAUCUUCAGUGUGGCAAUCAAAGCCCUCAAAGUUCUCAACAUGGACAGAAUAUGGAUGUUCCAGCUGCAGAAACAUUUCGGGAUAUCAAUAGCUCAGUUGUUCUGCCCAAAAUCACGAAACAGCACAUACAAAGCUACUUUGACAGGUUCAAUAAAAAUAUUGGUGAUGCAAUAAAACUGUAUGAAUCAAGGUACCUGUAUGUUUUGAGGUCGAGUCAGCAAGGACAAGAUACAUUUUUGAAAGGUAUUUCAAUUGUAUUUAUUUAUGCUCAUCACAUUUAAUAUAAUAUAUCACUUAUCACACUGAAGCAGGCCAUGUUGUAACAGCUCCCACAUAAAACCAGUUAGCUCUCUCUGCACAAACUCUCCGAUUCAUCUUGAGCAAUCUGGUGUUUGUAUACUUUGUAUGUAUGAAUGUUAAUUAAGGCUUUAUACAACAGCUAAAACACCUUCAUUAUAAAUGAAAACAGUUUGGAUAUUGGUAUCAUACUUUCUUUUUUUAUAGGUUUUUGCAAGGCAUCUAUGAAACAACUUCAAUAUGAAGUAAAUAUCAAAAUUAGCCAAGAAGGGGUGCCAGAAGAGGCAAACUGUGAAUGUGCAGCAGGUCAAGGCAAUGAGGCUCACUGCAAACAUAUUGCUGUAGUUCUUCUGGGUGCAGAAAGUAUGGCUCAACAGAAAAUAAUAUUACUAAACGAAGUGUCAACUUCAAAAUUACAAACAUUCCACCAGCCGGCAAAGAAAUAUUAUGCUACACCACUGAAAGCUUCAAGAUUACCGUCAAAGCGAGAUGUUAAAAAGACAGUAUUUUCACCAUACUUGAAAAAACAUCCAGACUUUGACAAAGCAGCAUAUCAAAGCCGAUUCCAAAGCCUGAUUUUAAAUUUUCCAGCUUUGAUGCCCUUGAGGCAGGUAUAUCCACCAGCUAACCAACAUGCCAUAAGUGUUGAUCAUGACUACAGGGAGAAAAGUCCAAUAAAUGAGUUUUUAGAAACAAUGUAUUUAGAAAAUGUCUCCGAAGAAAAAAUUCUUGAAAUUGAGACCAAGACCAGAGGCCAAAGUACCUGUAAAAUGUGGCAUGAUCUUAGAAAAAGUCACAUAACUGCAAGUAUAUUUCAUACUGUGUGCCACUUAACAGAUGAAACCAAACAGAAAUAUGCACAGCAAAUAUUAUACAAAAAAAAUAUAAAGACAAAAGCAAUGGCUCAUGGAUUAAUAAAUGAAAAAGUAGCAUUAAAGAAAUAUAUUGAGCUGUAUGAACUGGACGUUAUGGAAUGUGGGUUAUUUUUAUCAAAAGAACGCCCUUAUUUAGGUGCUUCCCCGGAUGGUCUACUUGGAUUGGAUACAAUUAUAGAAGUAAAAUGCCCAUAUGCUUCAAGAUACAGCAUGAUUACUCCAGAAACUGUGCCUUAUUUAAAUUAUAAUGAAAAUGGGCAACUAUCUUUGAAAAUAAAAAAUAUUUAUUAUUAUCAGGUACAAGGGCUGUUAUACGUGACAAAAAGAAAGUUUUGCAAUUUCAUUGUAUUUACCUUUAAAGAUAUGAAGGUAGUGUUUAUAGACCGAGAUGAUACAUUUAUCCAGGAGAUGCUACAAAAGCUUGAUUUCUUCUAUAAUAGGUUUUUCAAACAA